CGUUCAUUUUUGCACCCACGAGUGGGCGAGACGGCGAAAUCAUUCGGCAAUCGUUGGGCGAGCCAGCGAUUUGACGUGGCUAGGCGGGACACAAAUACACAAUCCAAACGUGCCCUGACGCCUGAACGCGCCCGAGUCCACCCCCAUUGGCCAUCGCCGACUCUCUCCCCGCCUCCACUCCACAGCCCAAGGCGGCCAAGCUCGCCGUCUGGCCGUUCCCAUGUCUCUCCGCCGUAUCGGACGCGAGCCAGCGUCGCUCUCCCUCCUCCAUCCCUUCACCACCACCACCACCACCACAACCACCACCUCCCCACCCGCACCCGAGCGCGCCCCGUCCUCUCCUUCCUUCCUCGCCCACCACCUGCUCGAUGAAUUCUCCCGCCCGCGUGCCUCCCGCAACGCGGCCCGCCUUCGCCGCCUCGCGUCCCACCUCACCCCUCCUGCCGUGGAGUCCGUGCUUCUCCGCCUCCCGUCCUGGCGCCACGCGCUCGACUUCUUCGGCUGGGCAGUGGACCAGCCGGGGUUCCGCCACUCCUGCUACUCCCUCAACGCCAUGGCCUCCCUCCUCCCGCCCCACCAGCGAGCGCACCUCGACCGCCUCGCCACCAACGCGCUCACCGCAUGCUGCGCCAUGACGCCGGGAGCGCUCGGCUUCCUCCUCCGCCGCCUCGGCGCCGCGGGACUCCCCGACACCGCCGCGCGCGUCUUUGACCAAGCGAGGACCGCGCUCGGCUGCGCACCGAAUGUGUACGCGUACAAUUGCCUCCUCGACGCGCUCGCCAGGGCCGGACGCGCCGACGACGCCGAGGCGAGGCUUCGCGAGAUGGUAGCGAGGCUCGGCGAGGACAGCGUCGACAGGUACACACUCACCUCGCUCCUGCAGUGUUACUGCAACGCGGGCCGUCCCGACGACGCGAGCACCGUGUUCCGGAGGAUGAGCGAGCGGGGAUGGGUGGACGGACACGUGCUGACGACGCUUGUGGUGGCGUUCAGCAAGUGGGGGAAGGUGGACGGUGCGGUCGAGCUGGUGGCGAGGAUGGAGGCUCUGGGCAUGCAGCCGAGCGAGAAGACAUUGAGCGUGCUGGUACAUGGUUUUGCCAAGCAGGGCAGGGUUGACAUGGCCAUGGAGAUGUUUCGAAAGAUGGUCAGUUAUGGAUUUAGUGUGGAUUUGCUGAUGUACAGUGUGUUAAUCGAGGGUCUGUGUCAGGGAAACGAGAUCAAGAAGGCAGUAGAACUGUUCGAGGAAAUGAAGAGGGAUGGGGUUGCUCCUGAUGUCCACUUGCUCAAGAAGAUAAUCGCGGCAUUCUGUAGAGAGGGAGAUUUUGCUAUUGUUGGUCCAUUCAUCAAUGAAAACACAGAGCACCUAAAACCCACCGGUGUUGCUCCAUUAUAUACUGUGGUUCUAGAAGGGCUUGUUAACCGUGGAGAGGUAGAAGCAGCUUAUCAGUUGCUCAGCUCCAUGGCGUGUGGUGGUCAGAGGAUUGGUGAUGAUGAUACUAUUGGUUUGCAUAUGUUUUAUAUCAGUGAAGAUGUUAAACCAAACUCUGAUUCGUUUAACAUUGUUGUGUGUGGUCUUUGUAAGGUUAAGAAACUGGAUUUGGCCUUAUCUCUCACAAAGGAUAUGGUUGACCUUGGUUGCAAGGGAAAGCUCUUGAUGUUUAAUGAUUUGAUACUUGAAUUGUGCAAUUUAGAUAGACUAGAUGACGGAUACGCAAUAUUUAGGCAAAUGAAGGAUCUUGGUUUGAAACCCUCGGAGUUCACAUACAAUACAUUAUUUUAUGGCAUUUGUAGGAGAAAAGAUCCAAGUGCCGCCAUUGAUUUAAUGAGGGAGAUGCGGACAAAUGGACAUACACCGUGGAUAAAGAACUGCACAGAGAUGGUGCAACAGCUUUGCUUCAGUGGCAGGAUAACAGAAGCCUUGCAAUUUCUUGAUGAAAUGCUUAAAAUGGGUUUUCUUCCUGACAUUGUCACGUACUCUGCAGCCAUGAAUGGAAUGUGUAAAACUGGAGAGAUAGACAAUGCGCUAGGGCUUUUCCGUGACAUUUCUUCCAAGUAUUAUCUUCCUGAUGUGGUAGCCCAUAAUAUCAUGAUAAAUGGAUUCAGGAAAUCAGGUAAAUUUGAUGAGGCACAAGAAAUUAUGGAAGAAAUGUUGAAUAAUGGUCUGUUUCCUUCUGUAGUUACCUACAAUCUUAUGAUUGAUAUUUGGUGCAAGUCUGGCAGGAUUGACAAAGCAGUUGCUUGCUUAAACAAAAUGAGUGAUGAAGAGAAGCCACCAACGGUUGUGACAUAUACAAGCUUGAUAGAUGGAUUCUGCAGUGCUGGUAGACCCCAUGAAGCCAUUGUUUUGUGGAGCAAAAUGAGGGAAAAAGGUUGUGUUCCAAAUGAGAUAGCAUAUACUGCUUUUGUAAAUGGAUUGUGCAAGUGUGGUCGAAUAGAGACUGCACUGAUCUACUAUGAAGAGAUGAUGACGAAAGGUUUUGACUUAGAUAUUUUUUCCCUAUUACAUUUCAUAAAUUUUUUGAUAUCACAUGGACAUGCCAGUAAAGGAUGUGAGCUUUUAAAAGAAGUAGUCCAAAAAGAUGUGAUGCACAGUAAUAAUUCGAAAAUGGUAGGCUUAAUAAAUAAAGCAGUUGAGGAGCUGUCUAAAGAUGGAACAACCUCUUCAGAUCUCAAGAGACAUGUAGAUAAAUAUUUAGUUUCAAGGGAUCAAACUAUGCACGAUGAAGACGGAAGCAAUUGAGAUCUGUUGCUAGUAUGAGUCUUGGAUGUAACAAGUCUGUUUCUAACCAAAGGUUCGUGGUGUCAACUGCAAAGUUCCAAAUUCUGCAGGUUGUUCUUUGUUGUUGUCUACAUGUCUUUCUGCUUCAUGCAACUACUUUCUGUGGGAAGUCCUUUCUUAAUCUGCCUUCAAGGUAUGCUCAAUCUGGACACACUUUUCUGUCAUCAUUCCUCAUUUUAUGUUACCAAAGUAAAUAUUUUGUUGGUCAAAUUACAAGUUUACAACGUUGCAUCAUAUAAUGUUUUUUGUUGGGUCCAUAAAAUGGUUAAAGAGGACACUGUCUCCUCUUUCUAUUCCUCACAACUGAUGAGCUUACUGUACUCCUCAACAUAAAAGGGGUAUAUCAAAUAUCGAAAUAAGUACAUAUCUUAAUAGGUGUCCUUAUGGUUGUGUUUCUCAAUUGGAUGGAUACCUUCUGGUUAGAUUGGACUAGAUAUGAGAACGUGCGAAUACCAUGGUGGUAAGACCUCCAAGUGUGAGGCUACCAACCAAGGCUCGAACCCUGGUUCUCGCAAAAAAAGACACCUCACUGUGUGUUCCCUGUGGUCAUGGCGCGGUCGCUCGGCUAUAGCGUGCGGGUUGUAGUCGGCUUUCGGGGCUUUUUCUCGACCUUAAUGUAAUGCCUUCGGUAUGUCUCUCCACUUGGGUCGAGUUUUUUUUUAGAUUGUACUAGAUAUCAAGUUUAAAUCCAAGCGUAUCCAAGAAUUUCAAGGCCACAUUGAAAUACUAUAUGGAAUUCUACAUGUACUGUCCUUUUUAUUUCGAUCUGGAUUGGUCUUGAGCAAGUAAAAAAUGAGAUGGUGUGGACUCAUGUCCCAAUUUUGUGGUCAGCUUGCUGUUUUUUUUCCCUUGAUGGAGUUCUGGUGUCUAAGUUGCGAUGAACAUGUCUUAUGUAGAAUAGCUAUACAACAUAUUCAUCGUUUCUCUUUAGACUUCUUUAUAAAUGCAAACUACAAAAUCUCUCCAGUUACCAGAAACAGAAUAGCCUUUUAGUAUAUUAUGGUUUGUUCUUUGUCUUUACCAUGCAAAUAUUUGCCUGAAGUGGCCUCUUGCUGUACUCAUGACGUCCAUUCAGAAGAAAUGCUAUUUUGAGGCUAUAUCAGAGUCGGCUUAUGAUAAUUCGACCACCAUACUAGAUCUGUGCAUCCUAUUUCUUUUUAUCAGGUAUUUGACAAUAAAUGGGUGAGGAAAUAUGGAUGAGAUGCUUUAUCCAAUCACCCUUACGGAUCCAGUGUGGAAGGCACAGGAUGAAUUACCGUACUAUGUCAGUGGGACUUGAAACCAGAGGUUCAAAACUCUUUUGGUAAUCUGCACAGAGAUCUUGGAUAUAAGCGGAACUAUUACAUAUAAAUCUUGCAGUUUAGAUUUAAUUGAUCUGAAAUUUUUAAAUGAAAAUUUGAAAUUCACCAGUUGACCGGCCAACCGAUAUAGUUAGUUUUUAACAUAAAAUUCCGGUUGAAAAGUUGGAAGAUAUAAAACAUUCAAUUCCUUCUAGUCAACAUUUGCUGUUGGAAUCCAGUACUAGCCCACAGGGGAAAACCACUCUGCGGACUGAUAAAUUGAGCUUCACUUGGAAAGUGUGCUUUGCAGACUUUCCUUUUUUUGGGACUUCUUGAUUCUGGUCUGCACUAUGUGAAGAAACUAGAUCAUCUCUUUUGUGGAAUUAGGGAUAGGGUAUCAUUGAAAGGCUUUUGUAGAGUUGAAUUUAAUUAAGUUGCUUUUGCUUUUAUGCACAUAAAUCAAUUUUCACUUACAUAAACAUUCAGCCAGUGAACAAACUAUUCAAUUGGAACAAGAGUUCAUAACUUCAUAAGAACAAAUUACUAGAUUUCGGUUUCAACUUCAAAGUUAUGAACUGGAAAGCAAUUAAUUUCAUAGAUGAUUUCAAAAUUUAAUUAGCGAUUGAAUUAUUAUUUCUUUUCGAUUGCUUUCAGGUGAUUCAGGAUGUUUCUCAGCUCAUCAGCAGUUUUCUCUCUUGUGGGAAGAUGGAUGUUAUCAUCAUUUUUUUAUGGCAAUGAUUGCAGAUGAAGAAUUUUCAGAUAUUUAGACUUGAAAAAUGUAGGGCAAGUGGACAAAAGCACAGGAAAGCCCUCGAUAUUUAAAAGGUUGUAGAGGCUAUUUCAUCACCCAGAGUAUGGGCACUUGAUGGUGUCUGCACAGUGUGUUACAUGAAAGCCCAUGUUUUAAGGGUAUGAUCAUCUGCCACUAUAUGGUGAUUGUGAAGGAUGGGUUUUGUGGCAAACUGCAAAUACGAGGAUAGAACUUAAUGGAUGUUCCUUUGACCAUGCUGAAGGAACAGAGGAAGAGGAUAUGAAGAUGAUGCAAUGGUGAAGAUAGGAACCAUCUGCAUGGUGAUAGCUGUCAUCCAUGGAAACCUGCAAGAACAUUGCCCUUGCAAAAGAACUUCUAUGAGGUGCUUCGAAAGUGAUUUCUAAUGAAAUGGUAAAUAUAGCAUAGUAUUUCUUGUACUUACAGAAACAAAUGGAAAAUAUAUAAUUUUCCAAUUGUCACCAUGGAAUGAGGAAAAAUAACUUACAAUUUUUUUAUUCCUAAGUAGCAUAAGACAUGGUUAUGUUGUAUCAUUAUAUUUUAUCCCAAAUUUAAUGUGUUAUGUUUUGAAAUGUCCCAA